AUGUCUCGCAAGAGUACAUUGCGUUCAUUUCGCUACGUUUGGAAGGCCGUGGGACCAAGUCGGAUAAAGGCAAGCAGUUCAGGCAGCGAGGAGAAAAAAUGGUUGAUUGACGUGCGUGCUUCCGCGUUGGGCGUCGGUGUCGGCGGGCAGUUGGCAUAG